AUGAGGUUCAACGAGGCCAAGUGCCAGAAGGCCAAUGGCAUCCUGGCCUCUAUCAGGAACAGUGGCCAGCAGGACCAGGGAAGCGAUUCUUCCCCUGUACUCAGCGCUGGUGAGGUCACACCAGGAGUACUGUGUCCAGUUCUGGUCCCUCAGUUCAGGAAAGAUAUUGAGGUGCUGGAGAGUGUCCAAAGAAGGGAAACAAGGCUGGUGAAGGGACUGGAGCACAAGUCCUAUGAGGAGAGGCUGAGGGAGCUGGGGUUGUUCAACCUGGAGAAGAGGAGGCUCAGGGGAGACCUCAUCACUCUCUACAACUACCUGAAAGGAGGCUGUAGCCAGGUGGGUAUUGGUCUCUUUUCCCAGGUAAUCAGCAGUAGGACAAGAGGGCACAGUCUUAAGCUGUGUCAGGGGAGGUUUAGGUUGAAUAUUAGAAAAAUAUUCAGAGAGAGAGUAAUCAGACAUUGGAAUGGGCUGCGGAGGGAGGUGGUGAAUUCACCGUCCCUGGGGGUUUUUAAGAAGAAACUGGAUGUGCCAUGGUCGAGUAACGAUGGUGGUGUUGGAUCAAGUUGCCUACGAAGCCGCUCUUCAAUGGAACAAGAAGAUGGAGACAAUAAUAAUGGAGACAAUAAGAUGCAACAAAACUCAUGGAUUGAGAUAAACUCGGUUACCUAA